AUGGUUGCUAAACCUUUUAUUGUGUUAACUUUAUUAUGUUUUAUUUCCACAACUCAUUUUGUUCAUGGCAAAAAUCUUCCUGGAGUGGAAAAGACAUCCCUAAGAGAUGUUAAAUUGGGGAAGUCAAUUGUUAAGAGGUAUAUUAAUGGUACUGUUCAAGGUGUUUUGGAUUCGUUGGGGCUAAGAGCUUUAUCGCCAAAAUUUUCAAAAAUAUCCACAAUACUUUUAAAAGAUGCUAUUAGAGGUUUCUAUGAUUCUUCAAAUGUACUUGAUGUAUUGAAUACAAAAUUUGGAGGAAAUCUUAUUACUAGGCAUAUAGCUAAUGUUCAAGAAAAGGUUGAUGUUGCAUUUAAAAAAGGAGGAAGAGGUACCAGUACCAGCGGUGAUAACAUACCUGGAGCUGGCAUAUGA